GCAGCUUAGUGUGUGUUGAAAAACUACUGAGUGGUUGACUCGUGAAUGACGAUCAGAGAAUCGGAAAAGGUGCUCUCAUUGCUAUUUGGGCUUGUGGGCGGGCGUAGGAAGGCGAUAAAAGCCGCGGUUGUAGCCGAGGUGAAGAAGAAGAAGAAAGAGAGAGAGAGAGGAGAGGAGAGGAACGGAACGGAACGGAACGGAACGGAACCCGCCCGGAAACCGUAAGGAAGGUGCCAUUGACCGGAGGAUGGAAGCGGAGAAGAUGGAUGAGAAUGAAUGGCGAUACCACGGGGAGGGCAACAAGAGCCUCGUCGUCUCCCACAGACAGCAUUGCAUAGUACUACGUUUCUUGAAAUUUCCUCCAAACCGAAAUAAGACACCAGAAGAAAUUGCUCAUCAUCUUCAGAACAUAGUGUAUUUUGGCAAACACAUCAUGAAGCAUUUUUUUGGGGAGAAGUAUGUUCAUCAUGGGGAAGUUGUCCAGCUACCUUUGGACUUUGUGAAACAGCUUUGCUUAAAGAUUCAGUCAGAGAGGCCAGAAUCACGCUGUGAUAAAGAUAUGGACACUCUUAGUGGUUAUGCUUUGUGCCUUCCUAAUCUCACUAGGCUGCAUUCUGUUGAACAUCGCCCCAAACUUUGCAUAGAAAUUAAGCCAAAAUGUGGAUUCCUCCCCUUUUCCAGCCAUGUUUCACAAGAGAUAAAAUAUAAAGUUUGUCGUUACUGCAUGCACCAGCAUCUAAAGAUAGCAAAAGGAAAGUGGAAACAUCUAAGUAAAUACUGUCCUCUAGAUCUAUUCUCAGGAAAUAAACAGCGAAUGCAUUUUGCCUUGAGAAAUCUAUUAUAUGAAGCACAGAAUAACUUAAAAAUAUUUAAGAAUGGUGAACUAAUUUAUGGUUGCAAAGAUAAUGAGGAUUCUCUCUCUGAUUUGAAUGAACUUGCUUGCCAUCUGAAACCUUUUUUCUUUCCUUCAAAUGGCCUGGUCAGUGGGCCUCAUUGUACAAGGACGAUUCUGAAAGAAUUGAUCCAUGUAAUAACAACGAUUCUACUGAAUAAUACAGAUACCUGCAAAGCAGGUGAUUUGAAGACAGUUCCCAGCUCACAAGGAAGAUGCUAUUGUGAAGCCAGUGCUUUCAGUAAAGAGCUAGUACGGAAUGCUAAAAAUAAAGUAGAGACCUCUGGCUUGCCAAAGGGAUGUCUUCUCUACAAAACACUUCAGGCUCAAAUGCUGGAUACACUGGAUAUAGAAGGUGUUUAUCCUUUAUACAACAGAGUAGAGCAAUACUUGGAAGAGUUUCCCAAAGAGAGGAACGUGUUACAGAUUGAUGGGCCUUAUAAUGAAUCAUUCUAUGAGAAGUUAUUAGAUCUCUCAAGUGAGGAUGAUGGAACAGUAGCAUAUGCAUUGACAAAGGUUCAGCAGUAUAGAGUUGCAAUGACGGCAAAGGACUGUUCCAUUAUGAUUGUGCUUUCACCUUGUCAACAAGAUGAAUGCUCUGAACAGAGGUCAGUGGUUCUAACAUCAAAAUCAAGAUUCACCUUUUCAGUGUCUGUCUUGGAUCUAGACCUGAAGCCAUAUGAAAGCAUUCGUCAUCAAUAUAAGCUUGAUGGGAAGGUAGUGAACUAUUAUCUGAAGAGGACGCAAGCCAAAGACGACUCAGUGAUGUCAAACCUCUUAAAAGAAAAUGAAGACUGCACGCUAGUCCUCCAUAAAAUGUAACUGGCUAAAUAUUUAUUUAACACAGAGGAAAAUUAAGUUAUGUUUUUUUUUUUAUUAUUUUCAGUUGUGCUUUCAAUUUAUAUGCCUUUCAGAAACACAAAAAAACUGAAACUGUCUUGAAGAAUACAUUUACUGUAAGAGAGACACGUACUAUUAAAGUAGUUUGAAUGAAAUGACUAUUCUAUGAACAAUGGAAGAGAAUUUGAUUGUUCAAAUGCAGAAAACCAGCAUCCUCAUUAAAAUUCUAGAUGCAGCUAUAACCAUAUGUGAAUUACUAAGUAUCACUUGUUCAAAAUAAAUGUGAUCAGAUCAAAUUCUAAACAAUUCUUGAGCUAAACAGAUUCUUAAUGCUUCUUAGACUGUGUCUUGCAUAUGUAUUAUCUCUUAUCUUCAAAGUGAUAUUAUGGAGUUCUCAGAAUUGCUCAAAACUUAUUAAAAAGAUUUAAUGAAAAAUCCCCCUUUCUUGAAUAAUGAUAAAAACAAUGAACGCAAAUUAGCUCCCUUAUUAAACAAGAGGUGACUUUAGAAAUUGCAUAAUUUAACUGUAAACAAACAAUUGCUAUUACAAUUAACUGUUAACAAUUAACAAAUUAACAAUUUUUAGCUGCAUAUGCCUCAUUCAUAUUUAGAUCCUUUCCAGUAUCAAACCAUUCUGAGGCUUCAAUGGGAAACAACUUGAGAAGUUAAAAAUUGAAUUGAAUUUUCUCUGGGUGAUAGUUUUUCUAUCUGCAUUUUUGCUUAGCUCCUUUUUAGACCUUCAACAGCAGCUGUUUGUUUUUCUAGGGCUUACAAGUUCAGUAGCAAUUGGGUGUUUUAUCCUGAACUCAACAUUAUUAAGGCAUUAAAAGUUCUCAGCAAAGAGCCAUUUUUCUCUCUCUCUCUUUGCAGGGGUUGUUGGGAUCUUUUACCACACAUUGCACACAAAACUAGAAAGUAGUGUGAUAUGCCUUAGAGUUUGCUGAGGAAGGCUUAAAUUCUCCUUGCUGUGCUGCACGGUGGCAAUAAGGGUGACUUGAAGUGACACUGACAUGUCAUUUUCUAAUGCUGGCUGUGUAAUUGGACCUCUGAAUUCAGAAUUUGUGAAUCUAUGGAAUUACUUAUAGGUUUAUUGUAAAACAGGAAGAGAAAUUCUAGAUUGUCUUAAUGGCAAAAGUUAAAUGUUAAUGUCAGUAGACAAAGGAUUCUUACGUGCUGUGAGAGAAUUCAAACCAAAGCUGCAUCAGCUAUUCAGAAAUUGCUGGAUUGGAGCCAAAGGUGUCUUGCACCAGAGGAGCUGUACAACAUAGGCUCUCUGAAUCAUGUCAGUGAUGUGGAUUCCUGCAGAUGUGAUUUUGGUGUGCUUUGCAGUGGGGAAGAAGAGUCGAAGAAUCUCUUUCCCCUCCCCCUCUCCCCCCUUUUGUAAGAAUAAGUUCUGCAAUUGCUUCUUUGAAUCUUACCACCUUUUACAGCCUGGGCAUUUAGUGGCAUAAUCUUAUCUUUUGAUUUUCAUGUAUCAUCACUGAAAUAUUUAUCUGUCUGAAAGUAUUCCUAAAGAUCUGUAAUGAUACUUUGUGUGGAUUCCAGUUCAUCUGCUAUUAUAACGUUAAGUAUAAUGUCAAUAUUUUAUGAGUGUCUCUCAUGAAUUCUGCUCCUAGAUCCAUUAAUUCCAAAAAAAGAAAAGAAUCUGUAUCUUGUGAUAUUUAUUCAGCUUAAUUCUAAGGUUUUGUCCUCCUGAGAGAGACUCUGGGCUGCAAGUCAGAGGAUGUCAAGGGCAUAGUUCUAGAAUGUGAUUUGAAUCUAGUAAAUAUGUAAUGAACAAUUAAAUGAACAUAACUCUUAAACUUAUUGGUAACUGUGAAUCUUGCUAAACUUGUUCAAACAUACUUUAUUGAAAUAUGCUCAAUUAUAAUACAAAGCAUCUUCCAGAAGGGCUACCAUUCUUAAAGCAAAUAAGUAACUAGAGGUGUGCAAAGCAUUUCAAAUUUCAAAAUGUUUUGUAUACCCUAAGUAAUACUAGGAAAUGAUACAAACAGCUGUGCAGCAUUGGGCAU